AUGGGCUGGGUAUACAACCUCGAUACUCCAAAUGCGCCAACGAACGCGCCUCGACUGAUUGCCAUCGUCUCUGUAUUUUCGGUUGCGGCGUUGUUGKCGGUGUUGCUCAGAUUCUAUGCACGUUUCUUUACCAACAGAAAGCCGGGGAUUGAUGAUUAUACUGCCCUGGUCAGCGUGCUCUUGUUAAUUGUGUACUCUGGCCUGGCUAUAGGUCAAACACGAUGGGGUCAAGGUCUCGAUCCAGCCGCCUUUCCACCUGAAGACAUUAUUCCUUUCGGAAAGAUUCAAUACGCCGGCGGCCCGGUCUACACACUCGCUCUUCUCGGUUUCAAAUUAGCCCUCCUAACCUCCUACCUCCGCAUCGGCGGCUUUGUGCAAUUCUACAAAAAGAUCCUUUACGGUCUCGUCAUUCUUUGUAUAUGCAACUCGAUUACUUUUACGCUUUUGAUUUGUUUGACCUGCAUUCCAGUAGCGAAAAUCUGGGAUGCAAGUGUUCCUGGACACUGCAUUAAUGCUAUUGCGGCUUACUAUGCGAUUGCCGGAUCUAGUCUUGCACUCGAUGUACUCAUCAUCAUCCUGCCUAUUCCGGUCCUAUUAAAGCUGAAGUUGAACACUAGGCAAAAGUUGGUUCUCGUAGGAAUGUUUGCUACAGGAUUCUUCGUGACCGUCAUCCAAAUCAUCAGAAUAUUCACCAUCAAGAACCUCCAAUCAUAUACCGACAGUGCCGCCAUCAUCAUCUGGUCAGCCAUCGAAAUCAGCCUCGGUAUAAUUGUCCCCUGUAUCCCAACCUGGGCACCCCUUGUCCGCUCAAUGGCACUCGCAUCGGGCAUCGGCUCUAGUUCUGGCCCCUCUCGUCCCUGGCAAUCGCACAACACACCUCAACGCAGCGGUGGCGGAACCGGCCUGGGAGGAGGAGGUAAAAGAGAUAAAUUCUCAGCCAUUCACUCGACUGAUAUGCCAUAUGACAUGAGCGCAUUCGCAACAGUUACGACCCAUCACAAUGACGGGGAUGGAGAUAGGUCCUCUGAAGAAGCGAUUAUUCAUAGGGCUGCUAAUGAUGCGGCGCCGCAGCAUGCUGAUGAUGCAAGUAGGGAGGAUAGGUUUCAGAUUCACACGACGACGACUGUGAAGGUUGAGAGUCAUCAAUUGGAGGAGGAUGUGGAUGAAGAGUCGGAUUUUUCACGCUGA